AUGUUUGCCGAAUCGCCCUGGAUCAUGCAGUACAAGAUGAAUUACACCAGGGAUCACGUCUCUGGAAGCUACAAACCGAGCGGGGGACCGUACAAAGCGGCAAGCAAGGUGCCGGCCGGGCAGUUGGAUCCUAACGAUCUCACUCGCCGGCUAUAUAUCGUUCUAGCCGAGCAGAAGGCGCACGCAGAACGGAGAAGACGGGCUCGCGGCGACCCAUCGCACUCCAAAGACAGUAUGGGCACAACCCUGAGCGCUCAGAGCCGAGAAACGCGUCAGAGAGCUGCCGAACCCCCCGCCGACUUGGUCACGGAACUCAGAAGAACAGAGUCGACCAAGCACAAGCCAGCCCCAGACUCCCACCCGGAAGCCUACCACCACGUCCCGCAGGAGGCAGCCAAGCAGUUCACACGAACCACCACCGUCGAAAACAUGCGCGACAGCAGCCUCGUGCACAAGCUCUCCAAGCACGCCCUCAAAUUCCACCUCGAAGGCCCCAAAGCCCUCCGCCCAGUCGGCAGCAACAACAACAACAACAACAACCACAGCAGCACCUCCAACCCCGCCAUCCUCGCCCCCGCCGAACUCACCCGGGCCCUCCAACAAAACCAAUCCCAGCGGGACAAGCUCCUCGACCGCAACCAGUUCCAGCGCACGCACGCCCUCGAAGAAGCCGCCGCCGCUGCCGCCCAACCGCACCAUCCAACCCAACGGCGCAUGCACACCCUCGAGGACGAGCUCUCGCGCAUCCUCCCCACCAGCAGCAGCGGCGGCGCCAAACACCUCCGCCGCAACAGCACCGGCAACACCGCCACCCACACCGACCCCGCAACGACGACAGGAGCCGGUCACCACCACGCGCGACACUCGCUCAUCGCGGCGCCGGACACGCUCAUCAUGGACACGCUGCUGGAGGACGACCCCGCGGCGAUGGAUGGGACGGGGACAGAGCUGGGGCGGUUUGCGGCGGCGGAGCGGGCGCGCGUCGAUUGGACGCAGAGUGACGAGGUUGGUGGGCGGCCCUCCUGUAACCAUCCAAACCCAAAAGGCCGGUUAGCCCCCUUCCUCCCUCAGCAAUCGCUCGAUAUACUUGGCCUCCUCCGCCGCCACCUCCUCCCGAACCCUGUCGAUCCCCACACUCUUUUUGUUCAGCAAAAACUUGACCAAAUCACAAAACUCACGGACCCCGUCGCCCGUAUCGGUGGGAUCUGUCCUCGCCUUGCGCAGGGCCUCAGCACCCUUGCGCAGACCGACGUCCUUCGACCAUGGCUGCUGCCUAUUGCGGCCCGUGUUUGCCGUGAUGGCGCUCGACCAGAAUGA